ACAAUCAGAGUAUUUUUAUCUAAGUGGGGGGAAUUUUGGAUAAACGAGACUCUUAGAACACCGGAAACAAGUCAUAAUAAUGUGGCAAGAGAGUGGAUAUAUAUGAAGAUUUGGCAAGUGGGCGAUCACAAAAGAUGUUGAUGAGGAGAAUUGGCAGGUCCAGUGGAGCAAGCCGCUCUUGUUUCUUCAUCUCUCGGGGAGGAUUCUCAACAACCACGGCGACUAGCCCAGAUGGAACCACUUUGCUACCAACCAAAACCUCUACGCCCAGCAGCAGCACCAAGUCCAUCAACUUAUUUACUGCUAUAAAUCAAGCCCUUCACAUUGCUUUGGAGUCUGAUCCUCGUUCUUAUGUAUUUGGUGAAGAUGUGGGUUUUGGCGGGGUCUUUCGGUGCUCAACUGGCCUAGCUGAUCGUUUUGGUAAAAAGAGGGUUUUCAACACCCCUCUCUGUGAACAGGGAAUUGUAGGAUUUGGCAUUGGUCUGGCAGCAAUGGGAAACCGAGCAAUAGCAGAGAUUCAGUUUGCAGAUUAUAUCUAUCCUGCUUUUGAUCAGAUUGUAAAUGAAGCUGCUAAGUUCAGAUAUCGCAGUGGUAAUCAGUUUAACUGUGGAGGUUUAACUAUAAGAGCACCUUAUGGGGCAGUUGGCCAUGGUGGGCACUAUCAUUCACAGUCCCCGGAAGCUUUUUUUUGUCAUGUUCCUGGUAUCAAGGUGGUCAUUCCUCGAAGUCCAAGGGAAGCAAAAGGAUUGUUAUUGUCAUGCAUUCGUGAUCCAAAUCCUGUUGUCUUUUUUGAGCCAAAGUGGCUCUACCGUUUGGCGGUUGAAGAGGUUCCAGAGGAUGAUUACAUGUUGCCUCUCUCACAGGCAGAGGUGAUUCGUGAAGGCAGUGACAUAACACUUGUUGGGUGGGGAGCUCAGCUAGCUGUUAUGGAACAAGCUUGUGCAGAUGCUGAAAAGGAUGGAAUAAGUUGUGAACUUAUAGACUUGAGAACUCUUAUACCUUGGGAUAAAGAAACUGUUGAAGCCUCUGUCAAGAAAACUGGACGACUUCUGAUCAGUCAUGAAGCUCCAGUGACGGGUGGAUUUGCUGCUGAAAUAUCUGCAUCUCUUGUUGAACGUUGCUUCUUGAGGUUGGAAGCCCCUAUAGCCAGAGUGUGCGGCUUGGACACGCCGUUUCCUCUUGUUUUUGAACCAUUUUAUAUGCCCACCAAGAACAAGAUUUUAGACGCAAUAAAAGCCACAGUGAACUACUAAUGACCAGAUACAGAUUAAGCUUCUUCAAAUUUAGGCUGAAUUUGCAAACUGUAGUGUUUCAACAGCAUAAAUAAAGAGCCUCGUCUUUCAUACAGAGAAUGCAGAAUAUUGUUCAAUGUAUUAUUAUGGCAACAAUUACCCUCUCUGAUUCUCAUUUCAGUCUGCAUUUCAAAAAGGGUCGUUAUUAAGAACAAUCAAUUUUAAAGAUCUAUACCUUCAAGUAGAA